AACACAAACAAACUUCAAAUCUUUCUCAAAGCAACUUCUCUUGGUACUUUCGUUUCUAUAUACUUUCUCCUACUAAAGGACUAACCCAUUAACAUAUAAAAAACAAGUACACGACAUAAAGUAGAAAAGAGCGUUCCAUGGACAAGAAAAAGUCAGUAUCUGGUUCCUCUUCAUCCUCUUCUUCUUCAUCUUUCGAUCAUCUUUUUGGUCCAAGAAGAGUCCCUUCCUCGUCUUCCUCAUCAACAACAGGAUUGUUCCAAUCCAUUUUCCCACCACCCUCAGUGGGGAUGCAAGCGGACAUGGCAAAUCGAAAUAGAGCUAACAACUAUCAACCUCCAAAUUUGGGGAUUCCAAAUGAAAGAGGAGAAAGGAGAAAACACAAGGAGAGAAAGAUUUACCAAAAUGAGGACACACAUCCACCAUGCAACUUGAGCUCAUCUAUUUUCUAUGGAGGCCAAGAAAACUAUUCCUCUGCAACACCACCACAAUCAACAACGACUAUAGAUGCUUACAAGAAAGAUGGAGAGGAAGGUGAUUCCGAAAGUGCUUCGAGAGGAAACUGGUGGGAAGGAUCCUUAAUUAAGUGGACAUCGAAGAAGGUGUCGUCGUAUUGAAAUAUACCUAGAAAGGAUAUAAUAUAAAAAGAAAUAACUAAAAAAGUAAUGUAAAAGUAUAUUAUACUAUAAGAUUAAAUUAACAUCUAUAUAGGUAAGGGGAGUCUCGUUCUUGACUUGUUGAUUCCUUAUGUUUCAACAAAGACAACAAGUUAGACAAGUCUCUUUAUAAUGAAAUCGACGCUGUCCAGGAGUGUCUUUGUAUUUAGUUUGAUCUGUAAUCCAAUAUGAUGCUGCUUCGUGUGUAAUUGUAUUAUAUUAAAUGGUAAUCAAACAUGUUGUUGAGUUACUUAAGUAUAAGCAAAAACUGUUCCUUCUUGUGUUCAAA